GUCACACAGAACAGAACACACCAACACACUCUUCUCAGUUGCACCGUCGCACGCACGAAAAGUCCUUCCCUUUCCCUUUCCAUCGUUUUAGAUUUGCAUCCAUAAUAAUCUCCUUCGCUUCUGUUUCCAGUUUGGUCUCAAACACAAACCCAAUCCCAAACUCCCAAACACAAACCUUCUGUCCUAAACCCGACACUCCCCCCACGUAAUUCUCAUCGAACCCCCAAAAAACCCGCCACCAAUUUCUCCCUCCAGAUCCGACCAAAGCCCCCGUCGUUCUCGCACAAAUACGCGCCCUUGCUCUGCCCCUGUUCUGGGUUCGGAGCUCAAUCGUUGUUGAAAGUUUAGAUCAGUUUGAUGUGUGUGUUAAGGUUGGGAAUCGAAUCGGAGAUGGCGGGUCAUGUUGUUAAGGUUAAGAGGGAGGCGCUCGUGGCAUGCAUGACGUGUCCUCUUUGUCAUAAGCUUCUGAAAGAAGCCACCACCAUAUCUCUCUGCCUCCACACGUUUUGCAGGAAAUGCAUACUCGAGAAGCUGUCGGAUGAGGAGGGAGAUUGUUGUCCGGUAUGCGAAAUCGAUUUGGGAUGUAUGCCGGUGGAAAAACUUAGGCCGGACCAUAAUUUGCAAGAUAUCAGGGCCAAGAUAUUUCCUCUUAAAAGACGUAAAAUUAAUGCACCCGAAUCACCUUCAGUUACAUUACCGGUGAAAAGGAAGGAGAGGUCAUUAUCUUCAUUAGUAGUCAGCACCCGCAAAGUUCCAGUGCAGGCAGGCUUGACUGGAAAGAGAUCAAGAGCUUUGACAAGAAAGGCUGCUGCCUUACGUGAAUGCAGUUUUUCUGUUGAAGGAACUUCAAAGAGAGAAGACUCUUCAGAAGAUCAUCCAAGGAGCUCUAGCUCACCUGAUGCUCAAGAUAAGAUGCAGGAUUCUUCCAUGCCUGAGAAUUCCUAUGAGCAGAAGCCUAAGAAAGAUGAUGUUGAAGUAAUAGAAGGCAAAGCUGAUCUGUGGACACCCUUAAACUGUCUUGUAGAGGCUGCUAACCGAACCAAGUCCUCUAAGUCAAAUCCACAAGGGCAGUUGCCUGCCAAAUCAGAGCCACUCAAUGCCCUUGAUAGUAUUUCUGAACUUUAUAUGCCUGAAAAUAACACAGACGCAGAAUCACCAGAUGCUCUAGAAAGUCAUGUACAUGUCCCUAAGGUCAAAAUCAAGGAGCCCGAGAACAGUACUAGAGGAAAAAAGAACAUUAAUGCGGCAGCAGUUACAGGAUCCAUGAAACGGAAGAGGUUUCAUGCAGGUAAUCGUAAUAGGGGAGCUCCAUCUGUGGAGUCAGGUGAUUCAACUCAAGAUGUACGUGGGGCUAAGCAUAACAGAAGAAAUAAUCCUAUUUGGUUCUCGUUGGUUGCAGCUGAAAACUGGAAAGGAGAGGCCUCAUUGCCCCAGAUAUCAUCAUGUUACCUGAGAAUAAAGGAUGGUAAAAUGCCUGUAACAUUUAUUCAGAAGUACCUUGUGAAGAAACUUGAACUUACCAGUGAAGCUGAGGUGGAGAUAAUGUGCCGGGGUCAGCCAGUGCAUCCGACAUUGCAACUACAUAACCUGGUAGAUCUUUGGUUUCGAAAUGGAUCAACAACAAAAAAGUUGCCAGCAACAGUUGGCUCCUCUGCUAAAGAUUUUGUGAUGGUCCUCUCAUACUGUCGGAGUGUGCAAAAUCCUUGAAAUACCUAAUGGUAAAAAUUAUUGUAUUUAUUGUCUUCAUAGCUUAUAUCUUCAAUCAUUGUAGCACCUAUUAUCCCAUUUGACGGGUGUAUCAACAAAGUUCAGAGUCUAAUGAUGUAUCAAUAAUGAGUUUGUUCUCAAUGUGAUUAUAAAAAUAGCUUUGUUCUUUUUGAAAUGGUCUCAUAUUGUAGUCUCGUCUAUAACUCUGAAGAGUCCCACUGCUGUUUCUAGCCUAUAGUCAUGUACUAAUAUUUCAUC